CCUCUACAUGAAAGCCAUUCGUGCAGUGAGUGCAUCUAUCUGAGCGUGUGAGAGAGCGAGCCUAUUUUCCACCUCGUGAGAGUGUGAGCAUGGAAAGCGUGGAAAGCCGAUACACGCUUGGGUGGGAGUGUGGGAGUGGGUGGUGGUGUACAAGCGAAUGGAAAUCAUCAGCAGCACCAGCAUAAACACGGAGAGAAUCCGUCACGUCCCGACGACUCUCACUCACAAGGAGAUGUUUUUCCUAACGUUUCCGCCGCAACUUUUCCGCAGUCAUUCGGCUCGGUUCGCACGGUUCGGUUCGGUUCCGUCGGUUUCCCUACUGCUACUGCUCGCUCCCGGAUAAGUGAUAGUAGGUGGAUGCGGUGUGCGGAUAACAUGCUUCUGAUGUUGGCUGAUAUAAAGCGAUAGGAAGAAGCCUGACAGAAAGCAGACACAGACACACACCGAGAGUGACCGUCCAUCGGUCGCACGUACGGCGCGUGGCCAUUUCCGCAUCCUGGUGCUGCAUUCCGCUGCGCGGUGGGAGUAAUCACAUCAUAAUUUUGCGGUUUUUCACCGUUUCGCAGUCAGUGUUGGUUGAUAGUGCCCGAAAGAAAAGUGGUUCGUGUUUUCAGGGGAGAAGUGCAAAGAUAAACCAAAAGGUAGAAGCGAAGCUUCCAAAAGUGUGACAACGAAGGUGAAAAUUUACGGGGCUUUCGAGGGGAUAUUCGAUCCACGCAAAGGUAGAGCAACUGAAGCAAGGUGACAAAAAGCAACAACAAUAGCAUCAGCAGCAAGAAAAGAGUCACAAAGUAGCCGUGUGUGUCUCGUUCGUGUGAUAGUGUUAUUUUCCACUUUGGCCCGUUGUCAAGCAGCAAGAGUGUCGCGUUUUUCUUCGGUUCUCUCUGCGUGUCUCUCACCAUCUGGCCUCCUUCGAUUAGACGAUUUCCUUGAUGCAACAUUAAAAGUGCCAUUGCUGCCAAAUACCAACACACUAUCACAACCAAAAACAAAGUAACAAUCAAUCGAAGCAAGCCAAAUCAUCACCAUCACCAACCGCCAACAGCAACAGGACGGGAAGUAAUCCAACAACACAAAGUGUCAAAGCGAGCCAAGGCAACGCCAACUUUGUGGCACCCCGGCACGAUAAAACCGCGUCCAAUCUAGUAGACAAAGAAGCAACACAAACACAGCAAUAGGAGACCAACAACAACAACAAUCGCAACAUUGUGAUAGAAAAAGACGGGCACUAAAUAGCGCUUAGCAGAGUUUUAUACACUGACUGGCAGCGAUGGAGCGGAAACUGCUGUACGCGUUUCGGGGCUGGAUCGCAUUCGUGGCCUUUAUGGACCUGGGGACGGCCGUUCGGUGUUACAUCGAGCGGAGGAGUUUCCUCGGUGACCACUCCGAGACGCAGUUCAUUGAAGGCGAUUACACCAUCUCCCGGAUACUGGGAAUCUACUGCAUACUGAAAGCCGUGGCCCUGGUGCAUUGUACCCUCUACAUCCACUACAAACCGGUCGUCAGCAUGGGUGGCUGUUCGCUGGCCAUCACUAUGGUCCUGUACAUGACCGAAGCCUUGUACUUCCGUUCGACGACGCUCAAUUUCUACGUCAUCUUUCCGUGCAUCCUGAACUCAAUGACCCUGGUGGGCCUACUCUACAUCCCCCGAAGGUUGCGACUGUGGGAGCAACGGGGCGACAACGACGAUGAAAACUCCCAGCUUCUCAAGCAGAUGGGUGGCUACAAGAAGCGAUCCCGAGCACACAAGAACAAAACUCCCUGAAUUUUCUGUGGGAUGGUUUAACGAUAGAAGAAAAGUAAACCACCCCUGCUAGACCACAUUAUUGCACAGCCUGGAAUCCUGCGGGAAGGAAACUCCUUUAUCAUACACAAGGUACGUUCGAUACUAGUCUACAUACUAUUUUUACUACUCUUAUAGCAGUUUUAGAAAUCGUCAAAAUCCUAACAAAAGAGAUAAAGAAACAAUGCAUCUAAAGCGAUAAGAAAAAGAAUUGGAAGGUGAAGUAGGAGGAGAAAACGAGAAAGAACUUCAACAAACACAAACACAAUGUGAACAUGAAAAGCUUUAAUACAUUUAUAGAAAGAGAAAACCAUCAACAAAUUAACCAAUUAAAAUCGAUUAAGAGUAAUUACUUAAAUCAAUUUGUAGGGUAAUUUAAUAGCUAUAUAAUGAAAUCAAUUAAAAAGCGGCUGGAGCAAUGGGCGAAGCACUCAUUUGCAGUCGAUGAACCGGCUACGAAAAAAAAAAAAUAAAACCAACAGAAUGACAAUGGAGACAGAUAUUAUUGCCGAUAAUUCCAAUUAAAAAGCGCGCUUUUGCACUAGACACGUAUGUAGAAUGCAGUUCAAUCGGAAAAAGGACAAAAGGCAAACCCAAUAGCGAUCACGCAGCGAAGAUUUAAAUUUAUCGAAAUCAAAAACAUGCACUGGCGCACAUACACAACACAUAAACACUCCCACAUACAAACACACGGUACAUAUUAAUGAGAUGAUAUCCAAAACAGUAGCCCACCCUUCCCCCUUUUCGGAACCCCCAAUUAAAAAAAAACUGUCAAUUUCACGUUUCACACAACUCAAAUACCUACCAACCCCCCAACCACGUUUUUUAGGAUAUACUAUACUUCGCUUCAGAGGCCUCACGAACAGAGAUAAAUAACUUCACGACUACAACACAAGUAAUAAGACUAUAGAGAGGUACGAUACUACGAUAAUAUAAAAGUCGCCAUUUGUAGGUUAGGUUAAGGCGUUCAGGUGAAAUCCGGUUUUCGACGACCUGUAGGAAACGUAUAGGGAAAGUUUGCUACACAUCAAACAGAGUUGCCAAUCAGUUAGUUUGUACCUAAACGUAUUCUAGACAUGUAAAGAUUUCGUUGCAUUUUCCGUUACCGAGAGUGUUGUGGUUUCUCUAGAUUUGUGCAUUUUGUUCGUAGGUGAUAAUACAAACUAGAAUUACUGAUAGUUUUCUUUCCUAACAUUUUUUUGUCAAAGUCGAUACAAUGCAUUUUGAUGGACAAAUGGAAUAUGGGUUUCGUUGUUGUUCAAAACAUGCAUUUCGAUUGAAAAUAAUCAGAACGAUUGUGUGGCUCAGUGGCUGUGAAACUUUUAGAAAGAUUCCUGAAUCAAUUGUUUGGCAACACUGCAAGUUUUGACAGUUAGUGCGCGGUAAGCUGCACUGAGAAAAAAUAUUAUUUCAAUUGUCAAAAAAUAAAAAAACAACAAAUUUUAAAAAAACAUUUUCAAGCGAACGUUCCAUAGUUUUUUGGAUCAGUUUUUAUUUUCUAGGAAUUUGUCCAGACUUCUUUUGUCGAAACAUUUUUAUUUGUUUAUCGUCAAUAAAGAGUAGACCUGAGAUUCGUGAAGGGAAAGUAUGGUUAAAAUAGACACCCUAAGUAAAAUUUCAUCGAAAUGUUCCGUAGCAGUGUUGCCAAAUUAUCAAUUCAGUAUGCGUAUACAUUUUCACGAACAAAAUAAUUGCCUGCUUGUCGUAGGUGACGAAAGUUAGAAUGACGAUCAAAGUUACAGAAAGCUCAUAUUUUGUUACUAAGCGUUGUUUGUUGAGUUUGUGCAACGUUGUUGAGUGUUUUUUGAGUUAACUGAUAAACAGUGAAUUCGUUCAAUUUCAACUAGUUGAAUCAUACAAAUAGAGAGAGAGAGGAUCUUAAAACAUGGGUUAUCAGUAGGACUAGAUCGCCAUGCAGGCAUAUACUUGACAGCAAGAAAAAAAGUCCAAAUCGGAUAAAACAAGUCACAGCCUAGAAUUAAUCUUUUACUAAUGAACAAGAAAAAAACAAACAGCACAUCAUCAACACCGGAUAAUGAUGACCAUUUGAUAUGCAUUGAAUACACUUGAUGAUACACGAAGAUUUGCGAUUGAUAGAUAA